AUGUCCUCAGGAGACUCAGACGAUGUUCAUGCUCCUACAUUUGACACUCCCUCUCCACCCCUUUUCCCUCCCCCGACCCUCCAUCUCAGUCCUCCUAGAAGAUCACUCCUCCAACAACCCAACACCCGUCCUAGGGGUAGUGUCCUAGAUAUCAUCAACGCUCGUCGACGUCGACUUCCUAUGGAAUCUGACGAUCCCAUUAUUGCAGAUACUUCGCAUGACAAUGAUAAUCCACGUCGAGGUGUCCGAUUCCAAGAUCCUCCUGAUACCGCUAGACCCAAUCCUUUCCUCGAUGGUGAAACUCGUCGGGAUAUAUCACCAUUUGAACGACGCUUGACUCGCAAUCACGAUUUACUCGCUGGGAGUAGAGAAGGAAGAGAAAGAAUAGAUCUCACUGCUUCAUCAUCCAGAUCAAGAGCACAUCUUACUCAACCACGUUUAGGAGGUUCUUCUUCUGAUCUCGACCAUUCUAACACUUCACAAUUACCCGAUGUUGGAUCAUCUAGGACUGUCGACAAUAUCGUCAUGGGUGAUGAAAGUUCUUCAAAUCAGGGAGGGGGGACAAUUCCACUUGAUGAAGAUGAUGAUAUCGAAUCUUUGUGGCCUAUCCGUCCAAACAGGAGAGUUGGAGUAAGGAAUGAGAGUCUAAAUGAAAGAGUUGUGGAACCGGGUGGAUCUACAAGACGAGGGGUGACGUUUGAGGUGGAUGACAAUAUCCCAUUGGGUCGAGGAUUAAGAACUCUCGAGGCUCGAGUCAAUGCAUUGAGGAAUGCUGCACGUGCCCAACGCGCUACCUUCGGACUUUCAGGCUCUACAGGAGGGAGGCGUAUAAUGGAUGAUGAACGUGGUGACAGUGGAAGGGUUGGACCAUCUGGUACGCGAGCUACUAUUGGAUCUCACAGAAUCCAGGCUCCAGAUGAUGAUGAGGUGGUGUAUACUGGUCGAAGGGAACGAGCCGGUCCAGCAGAUGUUGAACGACCGGAAAGACCAGAUUAUGGACGAGCUUUGAGAGCAGACCUCGAUCAAUUACUCGACCAACGCGCAGCAGAAACCAGGGCUAUCAUCAACGCUGAUAACCGCGAUACCCGUCGUGCCGUUCUGUCUCCUCCACCUAUCCCCACUCCUCCGGCUGAACGUAGACGCGCACGAUUUGGUGGUGCAGUCCUUCGAACCAAUGGUCAACAAAUACGUUUCGCUCCUCCUCCACCUACCGAAACCCAACCCCGCGCUCGUCCUCUCCACGCUCGUUUGACCCGUCAACUUCCCGUGGAUCCCGAUUCCUCCGACGAUGGGGGUGAAUAUGCUCCCCCUCCACCAGGCGUAGGUGAUGACGAAGAAGUUGGAAGAUUCAGACGGAUUCUAGCUCAACAUGAUCAAUAUCGAGCUACCUUUGGAGGAUUCGGAGCUGCCAUCAAUCGAAUUUGGGAUUACGCAAGAGGUGUCGGUCCAGCUGAUCCUUAUCGUGAGAUGAUGCUUGGUGAACGCGAUUUCCUAGGUUUUCAAAAUAUAGGUAGGAUACCUAGAAGAGAAGAACCUAUGACGAUUGUUGCAAGAGUCAAAACUCCAGAACAUGAAGAUUUUCCUGGUUUCAGGGAUACUUUUGAAUUACCCCCUUCACCAAUCACGUUGGACGAAAAUGGUAACGUCAUACCGAAUAGAAAGAAACAUAAACCUUUUAUAGCAUGUUGUUCAUGUGGUGAUAGACUUUUAUUAUCUUCCGCUUAUCGUGGACCUGAAGAUAGAGUUUGGGUUUUGAGAUGCGGACAUAUGAUGGAUCAGAAAUGUUUGGAUAAGUUGGCAUAUACGAAAAGUGAAAUAGUGGAGGAUUUACCUGUGUUGGGAGAAGAAGAACAUGUGGGGAAGAAGAGAAGGGUGAGAAGUACCAGGAAACCAAAAGUUGUGGUGGAUAGGAAAGAUUGGGUUUGUCCUGUGAAAGGAUGUGGGAAAGAACAUGUGAGCGUGUGUACGGAUGGGGUUUGGACACAGGAUGAAGAAGAAGGAGCUUUUCAAGCGUAUGCUUGAGGGUGUUUUCCUUACAAGCCCUCUUCUCUUGAUUCCAUCGUUAACCUGCCUCAUCUUAGGGUCAAGACAAGACAACUUUGAGAAAUCUCAGGAAUGACCCUUACCCUCUCGGUUACGAUGUAGUGGAGACGAUAUGAUGAAUCCGGAGAAUGAAGAAUUGUAAAUACCUAUCAAUGCAGUUCAGAUCAAUGUAUCUCUCUGUUCAUGUUGCC